UAUUAUUAAUUUCGUUUACCAAAAGAUUUAAUAAAAAUACGAAGAAAACCGUAGGAAGGAAAGGUGCGUACUGCGCACUUUUCCUAAUUUCUGUGAUUUAAUCGUUCCCUUUUUCUUCCUCGAAUCUUUGGUAAUCUUUUGGCUCGCUAUGUCGAUUCGUAAUCGGCUAAGUUGGAGACUUUUCUUUCGUUUUCUGGUCUGGUGGAUUUUCUUCAGCUGUUUUCCAGGAUUAAUUUCAUCGGCAGAAGUUACUUUGGAUUCGAUUGAAAUAUUCAACACGCACGAGUGGCUACUAAGUCCGACGGUUUAUUUCUCAUGCAAAGGAGAGAACGAGACGGUUUUGCCAGAUGUCACCAAAAAAGACGUCGUCUAUUCUUUCAAGGGCGAAGAAUCUUGGCAGCCUCUUACUGAACUUGAAAGCAAAAAAUGCAAGCGGUGUGGGUUCUAUGAGAAGGACACCUUUAAACCAGAUGAUAUGUUUGAUGAAUGGGAGUUUUGUGCUUCGGACUUCAAUGCUACUGGGAAAUAUGUAUUGUUCAAAGGAAAGGAACUUAAUGCUACAUUUAACUGCCAAGAUUGCAAGUCUCUUCCAGCUGGUGCUACCGGUUCGGGUUUUGAAAUGGGUGAUACAAGGAAUAAAACGCGGGUUGCUAUUAUUGUACUGAUUGGUCUGGCUGUUUUAAUUGUAAUAAUAAUUGCGAUGGUGAUGGCUUAUAAAUACUGGCAAAAGAAGAAGAGGCAACAAGAUCAGGCUAGGUUCCUAAAGCUUUUCGAAGAAGGCGAUGAUCUUGAAGAUGAACUUGAGCUUAGUUCUUCGUUUUGAUUGAAUGACACUGUUACCUCCUGUACAGUAAGUUGACCUUUAAUAAAUUUUGCUUUUUGUGGAGAAAUAUAUAUAUAUAUAUAUAUGUACUUCAACAGCUGUGUAUUCUAGGUGGCUUCAGAUAGGUAUAAUUGAGAUUUGUGGCUCUGUUGUCACAGCUAUUAGUUAAGUUCUGACCAGUUCCUAAGAUUGCUGCUGAUGAAAAUUCCCUUUCGCUGUUAUCUCGUAAAUGGAAUUCAUCAGAAGCGGAGGAUUUUAUACAAAUGGUUGC